AUGUCCACCAUUGGCGAUCACGAUUUCCAACGAGCAUUUGUUCGGACCGAAUUCUUACGCCUGGCAGGAGAUGUUGGAGAGACUGCCGCAAUUUUUUAUUUGUUUCUCAAUGAUACCGAGUUGAAGCAAGCCAGUCACAAUGUGCUAGAAAAUGUCGGCAGUUUGAGCCGAUAUGUGAUGUUACAACUGUCCGCACCCACGAAUAAUAUUUAUCUACGUGAUAUAGGAAUUCAAACAAUGAGUUGUCAACAGGCUGUGUAUCACAAUGGAAGCUUGAUUGAAUGGAGACCAGAUCUUUACAAUCGAUCGUCCGAACAUUUUUUGCAAAUCGCGGGUAUGCUCAAUACGAAGUUCACGUAUUAUCUCUCACAUGAACGUCCGCGGUUGGGACUUCUUUCUGUCACCUCAUCACUCUAUUCACAUCUGGUCGAUAAUGUCGUCGUGGUUUACAGUUUGAGCAAACUGGAGCUUGAUUAUGCCAAAAUUUUCCAAAUCUUGCCAUAUUAUCCGGAAGGGAAUUUCGGGGAUUAUUUGAAACAGUAUAUAGGCAAUGCUAUCAAAAAGGAUAUGGACGCUGAAUGGCGAAUAUCUCUGGAUAAAUGUUACGCCAUGGACAUAUUCGGAUUGGUUUACUUGGAUUCGGAAGUGGUCCGGUAUAAACCAUCAUAUUCCAAUCAGUCUUCCUCGAUUCACCAACGAAUGAAAUUCAUGAUCAAACAGUCGCUCAAAACAGCCAUUCGGAGUACAACGGGAUGUAAUCUAAUCCAUCACUAUGAUGCCGUGUAUUUCGGGAAAACACACGGACGUCAACUGAAUGCAUUCGUGACAAUCUACGUGAGGACACAGCUGAGCUUGCAGCGUUGCAACUGUGGGUUUUCUAAUCUAAAAUAUUACAUUUUGACCCAAAUAAACAGGGGUCUGGACACUAGCACGCUGGAUGGGUUCCGAGUAAUUUAUCCUGUAUUGGGAAAACCUAUGGAUGAAGAGUAA